AUGAAAAAAGAAGAACGAGUAAGUUUUUUUUGGUUUGGUUGGUUCGUUAUUUAAUUAGGAAUUUGGAACUUUUCAGCCAUCAUCCAGCUGUGAAGAAGAGAAAAAUGUAGUGCUGCAAAAAUUUAGAGGUAUGUUUUUUUGCUAUAAAAAUUAUGACUACAAAUUCUCACUUUUUCAGAUUUGCUGAAAUCGUCAAGCAUUGAAACAUUCUUAUCACCAGGAUUCGAUCAUGACACCAAGAUUUUGGAGGUAAAUAUUUCUUUAAAUAUUUUGGAAUGAGAGAAAAAACUGGAAAAGAAAAAAAAAGGAAAAAUUGUUAUUCAAAUUAAAAAUACAAUUUUUGUCAUAUUAGAUCGCUUCUGGGUUGCUUAUCAAAACCCGAAGUUUUUUCUCAUAUUCUCAUAAAAUUUUAAUAUUUUACAGAAAAACUAUUGUGAACUUGUGGGCCGAAUUACAAAAAUCAAACAAACUGACAAAGAACGCCGUGAAAUUUUAUCAACAUGGUUAACAUUUGUCGGAUUAUCUGCCCAAAAUAUUCGACAUCUUGAAAUUUGUUCCAUCACUGUUUUCGAUUCUCUUCUAAAGAUUUCACAGACUGAGGUAAGAUUUUCAUUCGUUCAUAUUUGAUAUGAAAAUUCAAUUUAACUGUGGUUUUUAGCUGCGCUCACUGGCCGAUCGUGGAAGAUUCGACGCAGAAACCAAAAGAAAGCUUCUACAAUCUACCGUUAUUUUGCAGAGUCAUUGUCAACAUUGUGAGUAGUUUAGGGGAUGAAAAAUUGAAAAUUGGGAGAGUUUUAUUCCUAUAAAUAUUAAAAAUCUAAACGUGUUGAGAUCACAUCAAAAAAUUCAUAACCGUUUUUUUUUAAUUCAGAAGAUUUUUGAAAUACUCAUGUCUCUCAAAUUCAUCAUUUUUUUCAGAAAAAAUAUAUAUCAUGAAGAUAAAUCUUAUUUUCUUUUUUUGAAAAAUCAAAGAAUAUUUAUUUGAAAAAUGUCUUCCUUGCUCUAAUUUUCAAAUAAAUCUUGCUGAAAUAAUUAUUUUGAACUUUUUAUUCUGUAAAACAGCAACAAAAGCAAUCAAUGUAAUAUUAUAUAUAAACAUAGAUGUGCUUUCAAUUUUAUGUGGCAAAAUUUUUUAAUAUCAAUUGUUACAAUAAAUAAAAAUAUAUAUAAUAAAAAACAAAAAGGUCAUUCUAUAGCUCAAACCAUUCUAGAUAUUGCAUUUUUAUGCGAAAGAAACAAAAAUGUUUCAAAUCUAUAUAUUCUUGCAAUCACGCUUUCCAGAUCUUCACCAUAAACGUGAUUCGAUUGAAGAACCACCUGGUCCAUCAACAUCAACACCAAAUACAGCGUGUAAUAUUCCAAGUCUAAUGGUUGGCGGAAAUAAAAUCUUGCAAUCAACAAGCAUGAAUUUUUGUGAGUUUUUUAUCUUUAUUCUUACAAAAAACGUGCGAAAAUGUUUGUUUAUCAAAAUUUUGGAAAUUCUAAGGUUUCGAUUCCAUCUGACUUAUUUUUAUACAUAUUUCAAAUUCACAUCAUUAUUUCAUUUUCCGGAAAAACGUAUUGACCGGAAAUUGUUUUGUCCAAAGGAAAUUGAAACCCAAUUUUUAAUUUAAUAAUUCCCUGACUCUAUUUUUAUCAAUUUUUUUGUGCGUGUGUGGGAGCCAUGUCAACAAUAAAAUAAUAUAAAUAUUUUAUUGGAUUUUUUCCAGCCAAUUUUUUUUGUUAUUAUGUAUUAUAUUAUACAAUUUUUUUCUUACGUAGUUAUUUGAGAACUAAAUCUCCAGAGGUUUUUCUAUAUGUGGUAAACAGAAAAAAACGAACUUUUGUGGUUACUGUAGUCUAGCAAAAACCCUUCCCCUUUUUCAAAGAAUUCAGUUACAAUGAAUUGUCGACUUUGUAUUACAGCGUCAGCUCCGAAAUCACCAAAAACGUCAUCUCGUUUUGUCCACGCGAUUCCACACAAAUGGCAUCGAUCCACCAAAUUUCGAUUCAGUGGUGAUGCUGUUUGUCAUUUUUGUCAACGUCCACUUGGUUUCGGCUUUUUGAAUGCCUGGGAAAAAUGUCGGAGUUGUAAAUGGAAAGUGCACACACAAUGUAAAGGACGAGUUGGUGAUUCGUGCGGAUUGACGCCGGAUCAUUUGAGAUUUUUGUUUGACAAAUUGAUUCAGGAAAAUAAUGGGGUAAGUUUGAAACUCAUUCUUGGUUGUGGAGGACCAGAAGAGAAUAUUAGUAAUUAGAUUUUUUUUAACAAUUUCGAGAAAAAAGAAAUAUUUCUUGUUUCACUUAUCUGAAGUAUACAAAUGUUGUUUUUCAAACUCCUAACAUAUUUUUUGAAAAAAUCAUUAACAAAAUUUCAUUUCUGAUCAUCUUCUCCGCCUUUUUUCGAUUCUCAUAACCUAAUCAAUUGUUUUCCAGGGAAUGUGGAAUGAUCCACAAUCAGCAGUGCCAAUUCCGGGUAGUCGAUCAAUGAACGAGCCAGCUUUUCAGUACCCAGACACAGCAAUCGAUUCCUCAUCUUCAACAAACAGUUCAGCUCCAUCAACACCAGCAAUGCCACUAGGUGUCCCAGGUUCUGGACUAAAUCCACUCACCGCGCCUUAUAGAUCAGAGCGCAAAUUUUUGUUCCCCGAUACGGAAAUGUAUUCAAUGCAUAAUAAAGUUCCAAUUCUUGUCAUUAGGUUGGUUUUUUUUUUGCUUUUUUGUUCUAUAGAAAAAAAAGGAAAGUUCAAUUUUUGCAGCGAGGGGGACAAUCAUAUUGAAGCAAAACCUGAUGAAAGUGAGGGCACAAUUGUUGCACAAGAUUCGAUUGGAAGUAAUGAGGUCAACAGAAAAAAAAAAACUUUUAAUUAAAUCAAGACAAUUGUUUUGUGAGAAAAAUGACAUUUAUUCGUAUUCAUUUUCUUUUUUCAAAAACAUUUGAAUUUUUAGGCUCAAAGUUCUGAAGCUUCGGACAAAUUCAAUCGGCGAAACGACGGUGGACAUCAGUGGGAAAGACAUACUUGGAAUAUGAGUACGAUAAGAGUUCCGAAUACACAAGCAAGCUGGAAUGAAGUUACAAUUCAACCAGAAUCAAUUGAAUGGGACAAACGACAACUUCUUAUCGGAAAUGGGCGUUUCGGAAAGGUUCUCCGAGGUUUUCAUUAUGGUGAUGUUGCUGUUAAAAUGUUUGAUAUGAAUCAUAUUCGAGAAAAAUCAAAAAGAGCAGAAGAAUUCAAAUUGGAAGUGUCAGCUUAUAAAAAUACACGACAUGACAAUAUAGCUCUGUUCCUCGGAUAUUUCAUGAGCGAUGAUAAAUAUGGUCUCGUUAUGAGUCUUUGCAAAGGAAGUCAAACGCUUUAUGGUUUUUUGCACGUAGAAAAAAGAAAACUGGAUUUGCCAACAACUCGAAGAUUGGCUCAACAGAUUUGUCAAGGUGUAUCAUAUCUGCACACCAAGAAGAUUCUUCAUAAAGAUCUUCGCACCAAAAAUGUGCUUUUAGAAAGCAUUAACAAAGUUGUAAUUACGGACUUCGGAGUUUUAAGCAUGAGAAGAUUGAGUUAUCCAAAAGCGUAAGUUUUCAAAGCUUUUUGCCAAGAAAAUAACAGAAUUGGUUAUUUCAGAGAUUAUGGAUAUAUUGCUCCAAAAUUCUGGGUGAAUUAUAUUGCACCCGAAAUCGUCGCCUCGCUUCGAUGCGAUUAUGACGAAUUUUAUAGUGAAGAACUACCAUUCACCGAGUUUUCCGAUGUUUAUGCGUUUGGGUACGGUUUUUCUCCCUGGCUGAAUGUGAAACCCAUUUCAAAAAUAAUUUUUGUAGAACUUUGUGGUAUGAGAUGUUGACUGGAUUGAUGCCAUUCAAAGCAACAGAAGUUGAGAGAGUUUUGUGGAUGAAAGGAAAUGGUAUGAAAGCGGUUAUUCCAAAUGUUAAUUGUACCAGAGAAAUGAAGGUAAAAUUAUAUUCUCUUAAUUUUUUCCCAAUGAAAAAUGUCUACUACAAACAUGUUUUUUCUAGGAACUUCUCACAAAAUGUUGGAUGGCUGACCCAAAUGAUCGUCCAACAUUUGUUGACAUCAAUCUCAAGCUCACUAGUCUUCCACGCAAACAACGCGUCAACCGCAGUCCAUCGUUCCCGGUUAUGAUGAAAAGUUACGAGUCGGCUUUCUAA